UCAGCCAUCAGUCACGAGUCUCUUAAACGGUGUCAGAAGCAAGAAGCUCCCUACGAUUCAAUCAAUGGCGAGAGCGUUGAAGCCUCGAGAAGUCGUCAGAACUUACGCCGCUCAUCUGAAGCGCUCCGGCCAGGAGUUAUUCUACAGAAGCAACAGUAGUGAUGCUGGCCUUAGCUCUUCAGCUGCAAAUAGUUUUUCUGCCGUAAAAUCUGUUGGAAACUCAGUUGGGUCCUCAAGGGGUUUCUUCUUGUCCAAGUUAUCUAAUCGAUCUCCUGCAGCAUUUACAAAAACCAGAUUCGAAACUGAAAGAUUAACUAGUAAUAGUUUAUCUUCGGCCUCAACGUUAUUCAGAUGCCUUCAGCCACGUGUGGUCCAUUGUGCAAAAAUGUUGCCUCCUUUCUCCUGCAGAUCCAUUGCAACAGCAGGAGAUUCUGCAGAAUCAUCUUUAGUCGAUUCACCUCCAUCAAUCUCUAAUGUGGCUCCCCGUAUCAAAUAUAAGAGGCUUGAUAAAACUGCUCGGCAUAUAAUGCAGAUUAUGGAUAAGGAAGCUGUAGAGGAAGCAAAGGCACAGAGAGAAAUACCAGAUAUAAGGCCCGGUUAUAUCGUGCAACUCAAAGUGGAAGUACCUGAGAACAAAAGACGUGUUUCAAUUAUGAAAGGAAUUGUCAUAGCAAGGAGAAAUGCUGGUUUAAAUACUACAUUUAGAAUAAGGAGGCUGGUGGCUGGUGUUGGGGUUGAAUCCCUCUUUCCGCUGUAUUCGCCUAAUAUUAAGGAGAUAAAGGUGCUGGACAAAAAGAAAGUCCGGAGAGCCAAGCUCUAUUAUCUCAGGGACAAAAUGAAUGCACUUAAGAGGCAAUAGCUUCCUAUAUAAGCUGCGGGAUCUGAAAGAUGGUUAUUGGUAACAAGAUCCCUGGGGAUGUGAGGAUUCAUUUACAAUGCCUUGAAAAUUGGCUCGGUUUGAGCUUGGCUCUUUUUUGGCCCGUCUUCUCUGUCUUUUUGGGGCUCUGAAUUGUAUUGCACUUCACAUGGUGGGGAACUUCCUCUAUGUUUGAGGGUGUGGGGAAAAAGGGAAGAUACAGAAGAUUUUGAUGAUCCUUGAUAAGAUAUGCUACAAUAAGCCAUGAAGAGGGGAUUGAUUGCAUCUAGUUUCAAAAUCUGGAUAUUGCUCUGUGCUUAAGAUUGUGCGCGCGCAUGUGUGCAUGUGCGUGUGCGUCUGCGCUUUUCAUCAAGUUCAUUCAUAUGCAUUUAAUUCGUUCUUUCAUGGUUUAUUAUGCAUAAUUUCUCUAAUGUUUGCUCAGAUGAGUGCUACCAAGUUAGGAGAGAGUAAUCUACAAAAUCUUGCCGUACCCUAUGCAUUACAGAUUUUGUAUCCUUUUAUUAAUUUUGAACACAGGAAGUGAUGAUAUUUAAGCCUGUUUUUUUUGCGGGUUUGAACCACAAUUAGCAAUCUGAAC